GCCGCUGGACGUAGACGUCCUACGCCGCGACAUUAAAACAAGAUGGCCGCGCCCUGCAGGUUCUCUCUUGUUGCGUAAGUUUUUUUGACCGUCACUCGUGUCAGCUUCAAAGUCAGAUAGAUUUUCUCCCAGCAUGUUCUACUUCCGAGGCUGUGGCCGUUGGGUCGCGGCUUCCUUCACCAAGCAGCAAUUUCCGUUGGCACGGUUGAGCAGUGACAGCGCGGCGCCCCGGACUCCGCACUUCGACGUGAUAGUCAUUGGUGGAGGACAUGCCGGGACUGAGGCAGCCACCGCCGCCGCUCGGUGCGGCUCUCGGACUCUGCUUCUCACUCACCGCGUGGAUACGAUCGGUCAGAUGUCAUGUAAUCCUUCCUUUGGUGGCAUCGGAAAGGGACAUUUAAUGAGGGAAGUAGAUGCCUUGGAUGGCCUGUGUUCUCGCAUCUGUGACCAGUCUGGUGUACACUAUAAAGUAUUAAACCGGCGUAAGGGACCAGCUGUGUGGGGUCUGAGAGCUCAGAUUGAUAGGAAACUCUAUAAACAGAACAUGCAGAAAGAAAUCUUGAAUACACCACUGCUUACUGUUCAGGAGGGAGCUGUAGAAGAUCUUAUUCUUACAGAACCAGAGCCUGAACACAUUGGGAAAUGCCGUGUCAGUGGGGUUGUUUUGGUGGAUGGAAGCACAGUAUAUGCAGAGAGUGUGAUUCUGACUACUGGGACAUUUCUGAGAGGCAUGAUUGUAAUUGGAUUGGAAACGCAUCCGGCAGGACGUUUAGGGGAUCAGCCUUCUAUAGGAUUGGCUCAGACACUGGAGAAGUUAGGGUUUGUGGUGGGAAGGUUGAAGACUGGGACUCCACCCCGAAUUGCCAAAGAGUCCAUUAAUUUCAGUAUUCUAAACAAGCAUACACCGGACAAUCCAUCCAUACCAUUCAGCUUUACCAAUGAGACAGUAUGGAUUAAGCCAGAAGAUCAGCUGCCAUGUUACUUGACUCACACCAACCCUAAAGUGGAUGAGAUUGUCCUUAAGAACCUUCACCUUAAUAGUCACGUUAAAGAAACAACAAGAGGACCUCGAUACUGUCCCUCCAUUGAAUCAAAAGUUUUGCGUUUUCCAAACCGUCUACAUCAGGUUUGGUUGGAACCUGAAGGAAUGGAUUCUGACCUUAUCUACCCACAAGGGUUAUCUAUGACACUACCAGCUGAGUUACAAGAGAAAAUGAUCACAUGCAUCAGAGGCUUGGAGAAAGCUAAAGUGAUUCAGCCAGGCUAUGGUGUUCAGUAUGAUUACUUAGAUCCCCGUCAGAUCACUCCUUCCCUGGAGACUCAUUUGGUUCAACGACUCUUCUUUGCUGGACAGAUCAAUGGCACCACUGGUUAUGAGGAAGCUGCAGCUCAAACAGAGUCUUGCUCUGUUGCCAGGCUGGAGUGCAGUGAUAUGAUCUCCUGGGUUCAAGAGAUCCUACUGCCUCAGCCCUCCCUAGUAGCUGGGACUGCAGGCAUGCACCACAACACCCAGCUAAUUUUUGCAUUUUUAGGUGUGAUAGCUGGAAUCAAUGCCAGUCUUCGGGUCAGUCGCAAGCCUCCCUUUGUGGUUAGCCGAACAGAAGGUUACAUAGGAGUCUUGAUUGAUGACCUCACUACUCUGGGCACCAGUGAACCAUACCGCAUGUUUACCAGCCGAGUAGAGUUCCGUUUGUCACUGCGCCCUGAUAAUGCUGACAGCCGGCUCACACUGCGAGGGUAUAAAGACGCUGGCUGUGUGUCCCAACAACGAUAUGAAAGAGCUUGUUGGAUGAAGUCUUCUUUAGAAGAAGGCAUUUCUGUGUUGAAAUCUAUUGAGUUUUCGAGCUCUAAAUGGAAAAACUUAAUCCCAGAGGCUUCUAUAAGUACUAGUAGAAGUCUGCCUGUCAGAGCUCUCGAUGUUCUGAAGUAUGAGGAAGUUGACAUGGAUUCAUUAGCCAAGGCUGUUCCAGAGCCCUUGAAGAAGUAUACUAAAUGUAGAGAGCUGGCUGAAAGACUGAAAAUAGAAGCCACUUAUGAAUCAGUGUUGUUCCAUCAGCUACAAGAAAUAAAGGAAGUUCAGCAAGAUGAAGCUCUCCAACUGCCAAAAGACCUAGAUUAUUUGACUAUCAGGGAUGUGUCUUUGUCCCAUGAAGUUCGAGAGAAACUACAUUUUAGUCGUCCACAGACGAUCGGGGCUGCUAGUCGCAUACCUGGAGUAACACCUGCUGCCAUCAUCAAUCUGCUGAGAUUUGUGAAGACCACUCAACGAAGACAGGCAGCUAUGAAUGAAUCAUCCAAGACUGAUCAAUACUUAUGUGAUGCAGACAGACUUCAAGAGAGAGAGUUAUAGCUUUCAGUUCAUAAAAGAUUUUUAAAGAGCAUGUAAAUAAUUUGAUCAAUAUAAGAAUAUAGAUAAGGCCAGGCGCGGUGGCUCACGCUUGUAAUCCCAGCACUUUGGGAGGCCGAGGCGGGCGGAUCACGAGGUCAGGAGAUUGAGACCACGAUGAAACCCCGUCUCUACUAAAAAUACAAAAAAAUUAGCCAGGCGUGGUGGCGGGCGCCUGUAGUCCCAGCUACUCGGAGAGGCUGAGGCAGGAGAAUGGCGUGAACCUGGGAGGCGGAGCUUGCAGUGAGCCGAGAUUGCGUCACUGCACUCCAGCCUGGGCGACAGAGCGAGACUCCGUCUCAAAAAAAAAAAGAAUAUAGAUAAAAGAAUUAUUUAGCACUUAUUAAAAUAGCUUUAUUAGGUUACUAUGGGUUUGCCAUUAAUUUCUGAGUGGGACAGAAAUUAUAAUUGUGCUUUUUUGUGUAUAUGAAAAAACUAGUCGUAAACAAUUUGUACUCUUUCUUUAAGGAGCUCUAAUACAGAUAACUUUGUGCAGUGUUCAUCAAAGAGAGAGAUAGUGAACCUAAAACUGAACCUGGAAAAAAACUCAACAUGCAGAUUUGCCUACUCAUAGGGACUUUGCCUAUUAAGUCUACUAAAUUAAAAGUCUUAUCAUUCAAUGUGUUUUGAGAGUUAGUAAUCUUUUGCUUGGUUAUACUAGGCUAGGAAGCAAUAUUAAAGCCCUUAAAUUCUCAAGACUAAAGACUUGAGAUUAUAUAAAAUUAUCCAGAAUCAUUCAGCUAAUACUAUUGGAAUAUAGUAUGUAGGGUGAAAGUUGACAGAAAUCUGUACUUCUUCAGGAAAUCCUCACUGGUAAUUGUUUUGAACAUUAAUGAAAGCCCUAUAAAAUAGAAAGAUUGGAAAUCACCAUUGUUUCCUGUUAUCCACAGUGUGGAUACUUAUUUGGUGACCUAGUUAUGGGAGAAUUAAGUAACGUUAGUUAUUUUAUAUCAUACCAUAAAAAUAUUUUCUUAAGAAACUGUCAUGGCCAUCAUUUCUUAACAGUGAAGACAGGUCCAUAGUAACUGGUGAGUGGUGUUUCCCUGUUUUUAAGUCAGAAUGACAGAAAAAACAGAAUAGUGGUAGUACCCCUCUUCCUCUCCAGUUCUUCAGUGGUGUGUCUUCACAGGGGUUAGACUGGGAUAGUCAGCUGGGUCUUUUGACUCAGAUACCUCAACCAUUCUGAAUAGACUAAGGGAUGAAUACAGCCAAAUGGGCCAGACAGCCCUGCUUGUCUCAGGAAUUCCAACCCCAAUCUCUGGUGUCAGCCUAGGGGAGAAGCUCCCGUGUCACCUUCGGGCCAAAGCAGGUACUCAGGAGAGUUCUAAGGGCCCCAAAGUGACUUUGGCUACAGAUGUGUAUGUUAAGCCUGAUUAUGGGUGUGAGGCAACCAAGUAUCUUGUUACUAUAAUUGCAUAUGGCCACUUGGAUGUAGCUUAGUUUUCAUGGGUUUAUUUUAUCUAAUUUUAGUCUUUCCAGAAAGCAAUAAGAUUAGUAACAAGUAAAAAGUAUUUGUAAUGCCGGAUAAUUUAGGAAUGAUGAAUUCUUUUUAAUAUUUGAUUUAGUGAUUUCAAAAGGUCGUAACUUUUAGUCAUAGCUACUCCUGGGCAAAAUUCUUAUUACAGAGACAAUAUUAAUUACAAUACCACGUUGUAUAUAUAUUUUGAAAAGAGGCUGGUUGCAGCGGCUCACGCCUGUAAUCCCAGCACUUUGGGAGGCUGAAGCGGGUGGAUAACCUGAAGUCAGGAGUUCAAGACCAGCCUGGCCAACAUGGCAAAACCCCAUCUCUACUAAAAAUACAAAAAUUAGCCGGGCGUGGUGAAGCAAGCCUGUAGUCCCAGCUACUCAGGAGGCCGAGGCAGGAGAAUCGCUUGAACCCAGGAAGCAGAGGUUGCAGUGAGCCGAGAUUGUGCCACUGCACUCCAGCCUGGGCGACAGAGUGAGUCUCUGUCUCAAAAAAAAAAGAAAAGAAGGUAUUUUGUGUUUUUGUGCUACCUGUUUAGCAAAAUAGUGAAAUUCAUUGUUUCUAAACUUUUUUUUCUGAUUAAAUACAAUAGUAAAAGCAA